CUCUCCCAAGCUCUUGGGUUCUCAGAUACCCAGCAUCUGCUGCUGCACCAUGCUGCUGCUGUGGAGGCGAUGGGUUGGGAGAGCGAGGAGAGCAUGGGGCAAGGAAGAGACGAGCUGACCUUUGAUUCGACUCAAAAUCACGUGCUGCUGCACCAUGCAGCCGUUGUGGAGGCUGUUGGAUGUGAAGGCGAGGAGAGCAUGGGGCACAGAAGAGACGAGGCACUGGAGGGUGCAAGCAAGAGGAGAGGUUGGGAUUGGAGAAGGAGGAGACGGUGGGAUGGGAGAACGAGGCGAGGGUGGGGAGGCUGGCAGAGGAUGGAGCACGUGCUGAUGCUGUUGCUGAUGGCAGCACCUCAUGGCAGCCCCCUCACAGACUUCUCCCAGCCAAGCCAUAGCACCGCUAGCAGCAGGCCCAGCAGCAGCUGAAGCAGCACAAGCAGCACCGCCACAAGCAGCACCACAAGCAGUACCGCCACCACCUGUAGGAGUUGCAAGAACUGCAAAAGCAGCAGCAGCAGCGCCUGGAGGCACAUGGCACAGGCAAGCAGAGGCAGCAGAGGCAGCAGAGGCAGCAGAGGCAGCAGAGGCAGCAGAGGCAGCAGAGGCAGCAGAGGCGGCAGAGGCAGCAGAGGCAGUGCGGCAUAGAGGGGAGGUGUGGGGGGGAAACACGCAGUGGGAGACAGGGGUUGAGGUUUGGAAGGGUUCUAGGGGAGGAGAGGGGGUAGGAGCAGGUGACACACAUUCAACCGUCCAGCAACAGUUUGGCUCUACUCAGCAGCGGUUUGGCUCUGGUGCGGAGCAGCCGCAUUCCUCUCAGCGUUCCCACUCUGCCACCUCUUCCCAAACUGCUCUGUCUGCUCCUACUCUCGGCUCUCCUUCUGCUCCUUCUGCUCCUUCUGCUCCUUCUGCCCCACAUGCUUCUUUCGCUGCGAUGCGUUCGGAGAGGCAGCAACGUGCCAUGCGAGCAGCUGCCGCUCUUGCCCGCGCCGCCACACAAACCUCCGCCGCACCCGCCACCACCACCACCUCUACCUCCGCUGCUGCUGCUGCGUCCUCUCGCCUCUCAGUCCCUCCGUCCACACCUCCUCCCUCCACUGCCCCUCCUCCCUCUGCUGCUCCUCCCCCUCCCCCUACCCCUCCCAGUCUUCCCGAGUCCGACCCACAAGCACCACCCCCUCCCUCCUGGCCCUCUGACAGCCACAGCCCUUGGUCUUGGAAUCGAGCCACAACCGUUCGGCAAGAAGCAGCUCGAGUUACCGUUGUUAGGCAGGAUGUGGGGCAAGUGUCAGUGCAACGGGUCGAGCGGUUUUUUUUAGGCGAUAGGGUAGGGAGUCAAGAGUUGGGCCAAGGGAUAGAGGCAGUGAGCACAGAAUCCCUCGAACUCUAUACUGGUCUUUCCGAAGCUGAUGCUUCCCCGCAUCCUGCCGUGGCUGCCCUGCUGGCUCGGUGGCGUCAGCCCUAUCUUGGCUCGGUCUGCUUUGAGAACCGGCCGGAGCUGAAGCUGCCGAGCCUGGGUGAGGCUCGGGAAGCAGGCACGGGAGCUGUGGAUCUGGUGGGGGAAGCAGAGGGGGGGAAGAUGGGAGGUGAAGGUGGAGGGGUGAGAGGUGUGAGGGAGCUUGGGGCGGUUGACGUGGAGGAUGAUGAUUGGGUAGAGGGAGGGGAGGAUGAGGAGGAAGAGGAGGAAGAAGGGGAUGUAGAAAGUAAAGAGGAGGGGGAGGAGGAGGAAGAUGAAGAGGAUGAGGAGGAGGGAGUGGAAUGGGUGAGAGCAAUGGGAGAGGAGGAGGUGGAAGAGGUAGAAGAGGAGAGCGAUGUUGAAAUGCCAGUCAUGGCACUGUGGGAGGCUGACAGCAGUGCACGGGCUGAGAGCAGCGCAACAGGCAGAGGGGCGUCCAGGAGGGGAAGGAGAAAGAAGACUCUUGAGGCGAAUGAGGAAGCGAUUGAAGCCAGUGAGUGGAUGCAGGAGGGCAAGGGUGAGGUGAAUGAGACUGCUGCUGUCGGGGAAAUGGGGGCAAAUCGGUGUACAGAAGCCAGAGUACUAGGCACCGUGGCUGGUGGUGCUGCAGACACGUAUCUGGACUCGCGUGCAGGUGAUGCAGCGGAGCAGGUGGGGUGGCUGGAGACGCCGUUGCUGGGCCUGGCGAAGCGCAGCGGGGGCGUGCUGACUCACGGGCAGGCGAGGAAGCUGCAGGAGGGUGGGCUGUGGACGGUGCGCCACCUGCUGGAGCACUACCCGCACACUUACCUGGACCUGUCGCGGAGCAAGGAGGAUGUGAUAAGAGACAUGCAGGUGGCUGCUGUUGGCGUGGUUGAAAGUGUCAAUGUGUACCGCGGUGCCUCCGUCGCUAUAGCCGACAUCAGGAUCCGCUGCAACCUUCCAACAAUGCCGAAACUCCAGCCACCACCACACCCACCCGCAGCAGAUUGAGCAGCAGCAGCAGCAGCAGCGGUGGCAGCGGCAGCAGCGGUGGCAGUAAGGGGUUUGUGGUGUCAGCCAAGCAGUUUCGCCCGGGCCAAUGGGGUUCCUAUGCUCUCUCCAAGGCCUUCACAAAGGGUGCUCUCGUCUCCGUCGCUGGUCAGGUGCUCUGUGUGCAACGAGAUGGAGCCUUUGAGCUGGACAAGAACAGCCAGAUAGUGAAGGUGGACGCAGGGCCCGGUGCGGAAGCCAUGUGGGCGAGCGAUGGCGCUGUGCCCGUUUACUCGGCCAAGAAGGAGAUGGAUCCUCUCGCCCUGCGCGCCAUCAUUGAGAGGUUAAUCAAGCACAUCCCUCCAGCGAUGGAC